UUUAACACACCGCCUCAAAGCAACGGUGCAGAAAUCACUUCUGACAUUACAUACCAGCAUUUACUCAACAGGAACUUUCUGCUGGGGGACAGGGAUUGUUAAUAUACUGGAUAUUGUCCUAAGGUGGACAGCAAGUGAUCGAAGAAACCUGAGAGGAGUAGCAGUGGCACAGUCCCGUAUUGUCAGUCAUGGUGGCGCUGUCGCUGAAGAUCGGGGUGGGGAAUGUGGUGAAAACGAUGCAGUUUGAGCCCUCCACCGUGGUGUACGAUGCCUGUCGAAUCAUCAGGGAGAGAGUUCCAGAAGCACAACUCGGCCAGCCCAGUGACUAUGGCCUGUUCCUGUCAGACGAUGAUCCAAAGAAGGGCAUUUGGCUGGAAGCAGGCAAAGCCCUGGAUUACUACAUGCUUAGAAACGGGGAUACUCUGGAGUACAAAAAGAAACAGAGACCCCUGAAGAUCCGCAUGUUGGAUGGAACGGUCAAAACAGUUAUGGUGGAUGACUCAAAAAUCGUCAGUGACAUGCUAAUGACCAUCUGUGCCAGGAUAGGCAUCACAAAUUAUGAUGAGUACUCACUGGUGCGUGACGUGGGAGAGGAAAAGAAGGAAGAGACCACAGGAACACUGAAGAGAGACAAGACCCUCCUGAGAGAUGACAAAAAAAUGGAGAAACUCAAACAGAAACUUCACACAGAUGACGAGCUGAAUUGGUUGGAUCAUGGGCGGACGCUGCGGGAGCAGGGUGUCGAGGAGUCUGAGAUGCUGCUUCUUAGGAGAAAGUUCUUCUACUCAGACCAGAAUGUGGAUUCCAGAGACCCUGUACAGCUCAACCUGCUGUAUGUGCAGGCCCGUGAUGACAUUUUGAACGGCUCUCACCCCGUCUCCUUCGAUAAGGCCUGCGAGUUUGCUGGAUACCAGUGCCAGAUCCAGUUUGGAGACCACAAUGAGUCCAAACACAAACCUGGAUUCCUAGAUUUGAAGGAAUUCUUGCCCAAAGAGUACGUCAAGAACAAGGGCGAGAAGAGGAUCUUUCAGGCACACAAAAAUUGCCAAAAUAUGACCGAGAUCGAGGCCAAAGUCAACUAUGUCAAACUAGCCAGAUCUCUGAAAACAUACGGAGUGUCCUUCUUCUUAGUCAAGGAAAAAAUGAAAGGAAAGAAUAAGCUUGUGCCACGUUUGUUGGGCAUCACUAAAGAGAGUGUGAUGAGAGUGGAUGAGAAAACCAAAGAGGUGAUUCAGGAGUGGAGUCUGACCAACAUCAAACGCUGGGCAGCGUCUCCUAAGAGCUUCACUCUGGACUUUGGAGACUAUCAGGAUGGUUACUACUCAGUUCAGACCACUGAAGGAGAACAGAUUGCACAACUCAUUGCUGGAUACAUUGACAUCAUUCUCAAAAAGAAAAAGAGCAAAGAUCACUUCGGCCUGGAGGGAGAUGAAGAAUCAACCAUGUUGGAGGACUCCGUCUCCCCGAAAAAGUCAACAGUUCUUCAGCAGCAGUUUAAUAAGAUGGGUAAGGUGGAGACGGGUUCUGUCGCUCUACCGGCAAUCAUCCGAUCUGGUGCUGGAGGUCCAGAGAGCAUGAAGAUGGGCUCAAUGCCACAGGCCAAACAGCACAUCACCAGCGGACAGAUGCACAGAGGACACAUGCCCCCUCUGACUUCAGCUCAGCAGGCUUUAACUGGCACCAUUAACUCCAGCAUGCAGGCAGUACAGGCGGUUCAGGCUUCUCUUGAUGAGUUUGAUGCCCUGCCUCCACUGGGGACUGAUUCGGCAUCUCAAGCCUGGAGGAAGAACAAAAUGGAUGAGUCCAAACACGAGAUUCACUCUCAGGUGGAUGCCAUCACUGCGGGAACCGCCUCCAUGGUCAAUCUGACUGCAGGUGACCCGGCAGAGACUGAUUACACCGCUGUGGGCUGUGCCGUCACCACCAUCUCCUCCAACCUGACUGAGAUGUCCAAGGGUGUUAAACUGCUGGCGGCGCUGAUGGAGGACGAGGGUGGAAAUGGCCAGCAGCUUCUGGGUGCUGCAAAGAAUUUGGCGUGUGCCGUGUCUGACAUGCUCAAGACUGCUCAGCCGUCCAGCACUGAGCCACGACAGAACCUCCUGCAAGCAGCGGGUAAUGUGGGUCAGGCCAGCGGAGAACUCCUGCAGCAGAUCGGAGAGUCCGAUGCAGAUCAACACUUCCAGGACAUGUUGAUGCAGUUGGCGAAGGCUGUGGCGAAUGCAGCAGCGGCUCUGGUGUUAAAGGCUAAAAACGUGGCUCAGAAAACAGAAGAUUCAGCUCAACAAAACAAAGUGAUCGCUGCUGCCACCCAGUGCGCCCUCUCCACAUCACAGCUGGUGGCCUGCACACGAGUGGUGGCUCCAACCAUCAGCUCACCCGUGUGUCAAGAGCAGCUCAUCGAGGCUGGUAAACUAGUGGCGAAGUCUGUGGAGGGCUGUGUGGAGGCGUCACAGGGGGCGACCGGUGACGAGCAGCUGCUCAAACAGGUGGGCGCCGCUGCCACAGGUGUCACUCAGGCUCUUAACGAGCUGCUGCAGCAUAUUAGACAGUAUGCCAGCGGAGGACAGCCAAUCGGACGGCACGGAGAGGCCACCGACCGCAUCCUGGAUGUGACUGAUAACAUCUUUAGCUCCAUGGGAGAUGCAGGGGAGAUGGUGCGUCAGGCGCGGAUCCUUGCUCAGGCCACCUCAGACCUAGUCAACGCUAUCAAGGCGGACGCAGAGGGAGAAUCUGACCUGGAGAACUCUCGCAAACUCCUCUCUGCAGCCAAACUCCUGGCUGACGCUACUGCCCGCAUGGUGGAAGCUGCGAAGGGUGCAGCUGCUAAUCCAGACAGCGAGGAGCAGCAGCAGAAGUUGCGUGAAGCUGCGGAGGGACUGCGCAUGGCCACCAAUGCUGCAGCACAGAACGCCAUUAAAAAGAGACUCGUCAAUAAACUGGAGAAUGCAGCGAAACAAGCCGCAGCGGCCGCCACUCAGACCAUAGCAGCCGCUCAACACGCAGCUUCAUCCAACAAGAACCCUGCGGCCCAGCAACAACUCGUACAGAGCUGCAAGGUGGUGGCGGAUCAGAUCCCUCAGCUGGUUCAGGGUCUGAGGAGCAGCCAGGCUCAACCCGACAGCCCCAGCGCUCAACUCGCCCUCAUCGGAGCUAGCCAGAACUUCCUGCAGCCCGGAGCCAAAAUGGUGACCGCAGCCAAAGCUACAGUUCCCACCAUCAGUGACCAGGCGUCUGCCAUGCAGCUCAGUCAGUGCGCCAAAAACCUGGCCAGUGCUCUGGCUGAGCUCCGCACGGCCGCCCAGAAGGCUCAGGAGGCGUGUGGUCCGUUGGAGAUUGAUAACGCUCUGACUAUGGUACGGGGGCUGGAGAGGGACAUGCAGGAGGCCAAAGCUUCAGCUGCUGAGGGCAAACUCAGACCCCUGCCUGGAGAAACGCUGGAGAAGUGCUCACAGGAUCUGGGCUCCAGCACUAAAGCUGUGAGCUCUGCCAUUGCUCAACUCCUCAGUGAAGCAACUCAAGGCAAUGAGAACUACACAGGUAUGGCUGCUCGUGAUGUGGCUCAGGCUCUGCGUUCGCUGGCUUCAGCUGCUCGUGGAGUGGCAGCCAACACCGAAGACCCUCUAGCCCGUAACGCCAUGCUGGACUGCACCGGCGAUGUCAUGGACAAAUCCGCCAGCCUGAUUGAAGAGACCAAGAGGGCCAUCGCCAAACCAGGAGACCCUGACAGUCAGCAAAGACUGGCCCAGGUAGCCAAAGCUGUGUCUCAGGCACUGAACCGCUCUGUAAACUGUCUGCCGGGGCAGAGGGAUGUGGAUAAUGCCAUCAGAACUGUCGGAGAAGCUAGCAAGAAAUUGCUGUCUGAUAAAUUCCCAGCGAGUGGGAAGAGUUUCCAAGAGGCUCAGGCCAAUCUGAACGAUGCAGCAGCUGGACUGAACCAGUCAGCCAAUGAGCUGGUACAGGCCUCGCGUGGCACCACCCAGGACCUGGCCAAAGCCUCCGGGAAGUUUGGACAAGACUUUAACCAAUUCCUGCAGGCUGGAGUGGACAUGGCUGGACAAUCCCAGUCUAAAGAGGACCAGACUCAAGUGGUCACCAACCUGAAGACCAUUUCCAUGUCCUCCAGCAAACUCCUGCUGGCGGCUAAAGCUCUGUCCACAGACCCCAACUCGCCAAACCUGAAGAACCAGCUUGCUGCUGCUGCUCGCGCGGUGACAGACAGCAUUAAUCAGCUGAUCAGCAUGUGUACCCAGCAGGCUCCGGGACAGAAGGAGUGUGACAACGCUCUUCGUGAGCUUGAGACGGUUGGAGGAAUGCUGGAGAACCCAACAGAAGCAGUCAAUGAUUUGGGCUACUUUGACUGCAUUGACAGUGUGAUGGAGAACUCAAAGGUUUUGGGUGAGGCCAUGGCUGGUAUUUCCCAUAAUGCCAAGAACAGUAACUUGCCCGAGUUUGGAGAUUCAGUCAGUUCAGCGUCUAAAGCUCUGUGUGGUCUCACUGAAGCAGCUGCUCAGGGGGCGUAUCUGGUUGGUGUGUCAGACCCGAACAGCCACGCUGGCCAGAAGGGUCUUGUGGACCCCUCACAAUUCGCCAGAGCCAAACAGUCCAUCCAGAUGGCCUGUCAGAAUCUGGUGGACCCGGCCUGCACCCAGUCCCAGGUUCUUUCUGCCGCCACCAUCGUUGCCAAACACACUUCGGCCUUGUGCAAUGCCUGCCGGCUCGCCUCCUCCAAGACAUCCAACCCAGUUGCUAAGAGACAGUUCGUCCAGAGUGCCAAAGAGGUGGCCAACAGCACAGCCAACCUCGUCAAGUCCAUCAAGGCUCUCGAUGGGGCCUUUAACCAGGAAAACAGACAGAAGUGUAAGGAAGCCACUGGGCCACUCAUCGAGGCUGUGGAUAACCUGACUGCCUUCGCCUCAAACCCAGAGUUCGCAAGUGUACCCGCUCAGAUCAGCCCAGAGGGUCUGGCAGCGAUGGAGCCAAUCACAGCAGCCGCUAAGGCAAUGUUGGAAAGCUCGACAGGACUAAUCCAGACAGCCCGCUCGCUCGCAGUCAACCCGAAAGAUCCACCCAAAUGGUCUGUGCUUGCUGGACACUCCAGAACAGUGUCUGACUCCAUCAAGAAACUCAUCACCAACAUGAGGGAAAAGGCUCCAGGUCAGAGGGAGUGUGAUGAUGCCAUUGAGGUUCUCAGUAACUGCAUUCGUGAAGUGGACAAGGCCUCGCUGGCAGCCAUCAGUCAGCAGCUCACGCCUAGAGACGACAUUUCCCAUGAGGCUCUGCACGAGCAGAUGGCGGCGUCUGUGCAUGAGAUCAGUAACCUGAUUGAACCGGUGGCCAUCGCAGCCCGUGCUGAUGCCUCUCAGCUGGGACACAAGGUGUCUCAGAUGGUCAGUUACUUUGAGCCGCUCAUCAUGGCUGCCAUCGGCACAGCGUCUAAGAUCCUGAACAGCCAGCAGCAGAUGAAUGUGCUGGAUCAAACCAAGACUCUGGCUGAGUCUGCGCUACAGAUGCUCUACACGGCCAAAGAGGCUGGAGGAAACCACAAGGCGGCGCACACACAGGAGGCUCUGGAGGAGUCUGUUCAGAUGAUGAAAGAGGCGGUGGACGAUCUGGGUUCGACUCUGGCAGAAGUGGCCAGCGCUGCAGGAGCAGUGGGAGGAAUGGUCAACUCCAUCACUCAGUCCAUCAAUAAGAUGGAGGACGGACCUGCUUUUGAGCCUGAAGGAACGUUUGUGGAUUAUCAAACCACCAUGGUGAAGACAGCCAAAGCUAUCGCUGUCACCGUUCAGGAGAUGGUUACCAAAUCCAACACCAACCCUGAUGAGCUGGGCGGUUUGGCCAAUCAGCUGACCACAGAGUUCGGUGACCUCGCAUCAGAGGCCAAAUGCGCAGCCAUGACCGCUGAAAACGAUGAGAUCGGUUCACAUAUCAAGAAGCAGGUGACCGAGUUGGGCUACACCUGCACUGGUCUGGUCAGUAAAGCAGGAGCGCUACAGUGCAGUCCAAACGACUCCUACACCAAGAAGGAGCUCAUUGACAGUGCCAGGAAAGUCUCUGAGAAGGUCUCUCACGUGCUGGCAGCUCUUCAGGCGGGCAAUCGCGGCACUCAGGCCUGCAUUACCGCCGCCAGCGCUGUCUCUGGCAUCAUCGCUGAUCUGGACACCACCAUCAUGUUUGCCACCGCGGGCACUCUCAACCGAGAGAACGCAGAGACGUUUGCAGACCACAGAGAGCACAUCUUGAAGACGGCUAAAGUUCUGGUGGAGGACACGAAGCUGCUGGUUUCUGGAGCCGGAGCAAGUCAAGAGAAAUUGGCUCAGGCUGCACAGUCCUCCGUCAACACCAUCACCAAACUGGCUGAUGUGGUUAAACUGGGGGCAGCGAGUCUGGGCUCUGAAGAUCCCGAGACACAGGUGGUUCUGAUCAACGCAGUGAAAGACGUGGCUAAAGCUCUGGGUGACCUGAUCAGCGCCACCAAAGCAGCAGCCGGCAAACCUCACGAUGACCCCGCCAUGCUGCAGCUCAAGAACUCUGCUAAGGUGAUGGUGACCAAUGUGACGUCUCUACUUAAGACGGUGAAGGCGGUGGAGGAUGAAGCCACUAAAGGCACACGAGCACUAGAGGCCACCAUAGAGCACAUCAAACAAGAGCUGGCUGUUUUCAGCAGUGCAGACCCUCCUCCAAAGACAGCCACUCCAGAGGAGUUCAUCCGCAUGACCAAAGGCAUCACACUGGCCACGGCCAAAGCAGUGGCUGCUGGGAACUCCUGCCGUCAGGAGGAUGUGAUUGCCACCGCUAACCUAAGCAGACGAGCAGUCGCAGACAUGCUGCGCUCCUGCAAGCAAGCCGCAUACCACCCGGAGGUGAAGCGGGAGGUCCAGUCUCGAGCGCUCCGCUUCGGCUCUGAGUGCUCCACAAGUUACCUGGGCCUGCUGGAGCAUGUGUUAGUGAUCAUUCAGAAACCCUCGCAUGACCUUAAGCAGCAGCUGGCAAACUACUCCAAACGUGUGGCCAGUUCAGUGACCGAGCUCAUCCAGGCUGCGGAGGCCAUGAAAGGUACGGAGUGGGUGGAUCCCGAAGACCCCACCGUCAUUGCAGAAAACGAGCUGCUGGGAGCCGCAGCUGCCAUUGAAGCUGCCGCUAAGAAACUAGAGCAGCUCAAACCACGAGCCAAACCCAAGGAAGCUGAUGAGAGUCUGAACUUUGAGGAACAGAUUCUAGAAGCGGCCAAAUCCAUCGCUGCAGCCACCAGUGCUCUGGUCAAAGCUGCAUCUGCCGCUCAGAGAGAGCUGGUGGCUCAAGGGAAGGUUGGGGCAAUUCCAGCAAAUGCGGUGGAUGAUGGACAGUGGUCUCAGGGUCUCAUUUCAGCUGCUCGUAUGGUAGCCGCGGCUACUAACAACCUGUGCGAAGCAGCUAACUCUGCGGUUCAGGGUCACGCCAGCGAGGAGAAACUCAUUUCUUCAGCCAAACAGGUGGCAGCAUCCACCGCACAGCUGCUAGUGGCCUGUAAGGUCAAGGCUGACCAGGACUCUCAGACCAUGAAGAGACUGCAGGCUGCUGGUAAUGCUGUCAAGAGGGCGUCUGAUAACCUGGUAAAGGCGGCACAGAAGGCUGCGUUUGAGGCUCAAGAUGAUCAGGCUGUGAUGGUUAAGAGCAAGAUGGUGGGCGGUAUUGCUCAGAUCAUCGCUGCUCAGGAGGAGAUGCUCAGAAAGGAAAAAGAGCUGGAAGAAGCCAGAAAGAAACUGGCGAUGAUCCGACAGCAACAGUACAAGUUCCUGCCCUCAGAGCUGCGAGAGGACGGACAAGAGCAGUGAGCCGCUUCAGAGACUAAUCCAUCACAUUCAAAGUCAAUCAUAUGCAAUGAGUAUAAAGUGAACCAUGUAUCAGGAUGUCUAUUUUACAAGUGUUUUUGUUGAUUUCUGUCCCUUUUAUGAGCAUUGCCAUGCCAGCUUUAUUGGAUUGUUGUAUUUGGAUAAUACGCCACAUCUAUAAGUCCUUUUUAAUUGCUUCUAUCAUAUUUUUUCCAGUGCUAUAUAGAUUAGAUGAGGAGUGUGUGUUAAAGCUAGUGAUCAUGGCGCUGGGGUCAAACAGUGUUCGUAAUGUCCACUAAGCUUGAGCAAGAGAACAUUUGAAAAAUUCUCAAACUAACUUGUAAGCUCUUCUACAAGUCUAUUUUUCUUUUUUAUAUAUAUAAUAUUAUUAUUUUGCGGCUGAUUUGGACCAGGGGUGCAAUGAUUAUCUUUGCGUGGAAACAAUUCAUAGAGAAAACAUAUCAUUUUUCUAAAGAACAGAAUAAUAAAGCUUUGAAAUGUUACAAAUAGUAUCUCCUGUUAAUGUUUUUACAGCGUCAAGGGUUGCAUUUGUGAUAACUUGUUGUUCUUUCUAUCAAAAGUAUAUCUUUUAUAAAACACAAAAGCCAUAUUUCCAUAUUUUGUUUGCUUUUUAUAAUGUAUUUUGUUGCAAUUCACUGUUGAUGUAAUUGUCAUCCAGAUGUCGAUGGACAAUAUUAGAUGAAAAAAGGAUUUAGUUAAUUCAAAUGUCUGUGUUUAUCAAAGAUUAAUCAGAGUAACUAUAAAGAACUGUAUUAAAGAAAUGCUAAAGACUGUUAUUAAUGGAUUCAAUGCAGAGAGAUUAUUCUUUGCCAUUACAGCCUUUCCUUUUGCAUUCAGUAUAUUCUGCCUUUAUAUUUGUGUAUUUAACAGUUUCUCACCUGAACUAAGCAAACGCACUUGUGUUUAACGAAAAACUCAUAAAUUCACUGUUUUGCAAAGA